AUGGACAUGGAAAGAUUCGAACAGGAUGACGAGGCAGCACAGAUGAUCGCGCUAGCUGCAGACAUACGAGACCAGGACGAUAUUGAGAGAGACAUUGGUCGCCAGGCAGACCAGCUACUAUUUGAGCAAGCAGAUGAGAGGGACCAGAAACGCAUGGACAAGACGCAAAAGGAGAAAGACCGACUACAGGGCCUAAUACGCAGGGCGCAGGCAAAGCUGACCGAAUUUGGGAACAGCACUACGAAGAACAAGUAUCGAGCGGAAAUUGAGCAAUACAAAGGGCAAAUCGCCACUCUCGAUACCGACUUGGAGCAAAUUCAAAGUCGUAUGAAUGCCCGUCGAGCAGGCGCUGAUGAUGACGCUGGUGCAACAACCACCGAACAAGCCGCGAGUAAACCAAUGUUGGGUGAAAGCAGGCGAGAGUUCCUGAUUCGCACUGGCAAGAUUACUCCAUUCUCCAAACAAGGCAGACAACUUUUGCGUGCAUCUUCGAGCCUUGGAGAUGUGCUCCUCGAUGCUGAGAACGAAGACGACGGCAGUCAGAAUGAGGAUGACGACGAAGAGAGCUUUACAGGUGCCGAGGCUGGCCAGAUGUCUCAUCAGAAUCUGCUUAUGCCAGGCUUCGAUCAGGAGCCUUCUACAGGAAAUGUUCAUCCCCAACCCGAUGCCGAGGACGACGCUGCGCUUGCCCGACGCUUACAGGACGAAGAAUUUGCCCAGGAAAGACCUGCAAAGAGACGACGUCUUCAAAACAGAGAACAUGCGCGUGUAAAACGAGAGACCGCCGAAGAGUCCGGCGAGGAAUCGGACGCCUAUGUUCUAGAGAAUGAUGAGGGAGAACGAGCAGACGAGGAUGAUUUCGAGGGAGAUGACUCGGCCGACGACUCUGCUCUAGUCACAACACCAGGCAAGACACGCAAGCGGAGAACCAAGAAAUCGUCAACUGCCAUUGAUGGGAAUGAAGAGGAAGAUCUGGCAGGCAUCGAUGACGGUAAUGAGGAAGUCUAUCAAGCGCGACUCCAAGAUUGGGUGGGGCGACGGAAGAUAGCUAGGUCUCGAGCGAAAGAGAACGAGAUAGCUACUAAUGACGGGGAUGGUGACGCAGACGAUAUCAAUGACGAGAAUGCUCAACGAGGCACCCAAGAGUGGCACAUGCCUCAUCCCACCAGGACCGAUGCGGUAUUCGAAGGCGGUUUUGCUAUUCCAGGCGACAUCUAUCCUUCAUUGUUCGACUAUCAAAAGACCGGUGUUCAAUGGCUUUGGGAGCUUUACUCGCAACAAGUUGGAGGCAUAGUGGGUGACGAAAUGGGUCUAGGGAAGACAAUCCAAGUCAUUUCCUUUCUCGCCGGACUUCACUAUUCGAAGAAGAUCACGAAACCCAUUAUCGUCGUCUGUCCGGCGACUGUAAUGAAGCAAUGGGUCAAUGAGUUCCAUCGCUGGUGGCCGCCGCUGAGAGUGUCCAUUCUGCAUUCUUCGGGAAGUGGCAUGCUCGACGUUGGACAGGAGUUGCGAAUCGAAGAUGAUCUCCAUGAGGUGGGAUAUCGUAGGAGAGGUACACAAGCGAAAGGUUACAAAUCUGCGAAACGUAUUGUCGAUCGGGUCAUUCGCAAUGGGCAUGUUCUAGUGACGACUUAUUCUGGCUUGCAAACUUACGCUGAGCUAUUGAUACCGACUGACUGGGGGUAUGCAGUAUUGGAUGAAGGUCACAAGAUCCGCAAUCCCAACACCUCUAUCACGAUAUACUGCAAGGAGCUGCGCACACAUAACCGGGUCAUCCUUUCCGGAACUCCUAUGCAAAAUAACCUAACCGAGCUGUGGUCUCUGUUUGACUUUGUAUUUCCCAUGCGACUAGGAACGUUGGUCAACUUCAAGAGCCAAUUUGAGAUCCCAAUCAAGCAAGGUGGCUACGCAAGUGCAUCGAAUCUUCAGGUCGAGACUGCCAUGAAAUGUGCCGAGACACUGAAAGAUACAAUCGCGCCAUAUCUGUUGCAGCGAUUCAAGGUGGAUGUCGCUGCAGAUCUUCCUAAAAAGAGUGAGCGAGUCUUAUUCUGCAAGCUCACAAAAUUGCAGCGGGAUGCGUACGAAUGGUUUUUGGGCUCUGAGGAUAUGAAAUCCAUCAUGAACGGCAAACGGCAAGCGCUUUACGGUAUUGACAUCCUUCGAAAGAUCUGCAAUCAUCCCGAUCUUGUCGAGCACAAGACGCUAUCCAAAAAGUCAAGCUAUGCGUAUGGCGAGGGGAGUAAGUCUGGUAAGAUGCAGGUAGUCAAAGGUUUGCUCGAGAUUUGGAAACGACACGGGCACAAGACACUUUUGUUUGCACAGCACAGGAUCAUGCUUGAUAUUCUGGAAUUAUUCAUCGCGAAGAUGCCCGGAUUCAAAUUCCUUCGCAUGGAUGGCAAUACCUCGAUCAAGGAUCGCCAGACACUUGUUGACCGAUUCAACACGGACCCUGAUCUCCAUGUUUUCCUUCUCACGACCAAGGUGGGUGGCCUAGGAGUGAACCUCACUGGCGCCAACCGUGUGAUUAUCUACGAUCCGGACUGGAACCCUUCUACCGAUAUGCAAGCGCGAGAACGUGCCUGGCGACUGGGUCAAAAGCGAGAAGUCGAAAUUUAUCGAUUGAUGACUGCUGGCACCAUUGAAGAGAAAAUCUACCAUCGUCAGAUCUUCAAACAGUUCCUCACCAACAAGAUCCUUCGUGAUCCAAAACAACGGCAGACUUUCCAGCUUCGGGAUCUGCAUGAUCUGUUUACUUUGGGCGAUGCGACUGAUGGUGAAACGGAGACCGGCACGAUCUUCAAGGGCACCGAGGUACAGUUGUCUGGAUAUCUGAAACCAACGUCUGACCAAAGUUUACCCACGCCACCCGAUGACAAGCAAGCAGUCAGAGACGAUGCCACUGGUGAGGCAGCAAUGAAUGACAUCAUUGGCAUCUCUCGACAUGAGAAGUUCCACGACGAAGCAGAAGAUGCCGCAAAUGCAUCCUCUGCAGUAGAUGGCGGAGAGUCAUCCGAUCGAAUGCUCAACUCCAUCUUCGCCCGAGCAGGUGUACAAAGUGCCCUCGAGCAUGAUGCCAUCAUCAACGGCACCAACCGGACUAUCACUGCUGAUCCCGCCAUGAUCGCUCGAGAAGCGAAAAAAGUCGCCGCCGAAGCCGCGCGCGAACUCCAGCGUGCAGGCGAGAUCGCCCGAACCCUACCCGCCGGUGUGCCGACAUGGACCGGACAAUUCGGAACAGCCGGGCGGCCGCCCUCACCACCACCUCGCCGCGGAGGCAUGAACAUCGGGCGUGGCGGUCGCGGAGGCGGAGCUGGCCCGUCUUCCGUCGCGCUCCUUGCAAAUCUCCAGUCCAGACAAGCUGGGACAACCGCAUCCUCUCGAGGCGGCCACUCAUCCCACGCCCUUGCGCGUGCCAACGCCGCCAAUCAACCCAAGGGCAAGGAUUUCCUCGUGCUCAUCCGAGACUAUCUCGUCGCACAAGGCGGGCAGGCCUACACACAGAUGUUGAUCGACCACUUCAAUCGAUUCUGCGGCACGCCGCAGCGGACUUUGGAAUUUAAGGAGAUGUUGAAGAGUAUCGCUGUGCUCGAGAAGGGCGGACGUGCGCGAGGGAAAUGGAGACUCAAGGAAGAAUUUCGAAGUUCGUUGUGA